CUGAGUUCUCGGCCAUCGCUGUGGGAUGGAUCGAAGAGAUCGCAAUGAGUUGAGAUGAGUCUUGAGGCAGGCUCCAGCUCGAGGCCUCGAGGUAAAGACCGAUGGAACUUGCUCCGAGAUGUACAUUCCAUCACCAAACAGGUUCGCGGCACCUCUUCACCAAUACCAGAGCUCAGCAAAUCAGUUGUGCUUUCCGGCACCCCUGCGAAGACAACCUUGGAAGUGGCACCUCAGGAGGCUUUGGCAGCUAAACCUUGCUCGCCUCCCAGCUUGAUUUCUCCGGCUCUCUCUGAGCCUGCACCAGAGCCCGGUGUUGAAGGAGAGAGUGCUCUUCCCGAAAAGGAACUUCACGCAGCUUCUAAGGAUGUACAAGGCGAAGGGGGUCAAGGAGAAGACUUUUCGGAUUUGUCCGAGGCAAGCGACGGAGAGGAGAAGUCGGCUUCCCUGUUGGCUGCAGUUCCGAUUGUUCAAGUGCAUGACAAGACACAGGAUGAGGAAAACAGCAUAGAAAGCAGCAAGUUGCUUUCUGGCAGAGAGCCAAUCAAGAGCCAAACAUCAGAAAAACGUGAGCUGCAAGUUCCUUCGUCACUUUUGAAUGGAAGCAAGUCAGCACGAGUGCGGUUGAGUGAGCGCAGGUCUGGUUCCAGAAGACCACAAAACAGACCCGCAGCAUUUGGAGAGACAACGGCGGCAACGAGGACAGACAUGGUUGCAAGCAUGGUGAGCAGUUUGGCUGGCUUGGCAAGCUUUAAGUUCACCACUGAAAAUGCUGAUAGUGAGGGCGAGGUCCACAAUGCAUGGGGAGACAAUGACACCGAAGACAACUUGCUGGAGCGCGUGCAAGAUCUAGAGCAGGCGAGAGGAAUAGCACUUGGACCGCCUCAGUCUUCAGCACGCAUGAGACGAGCCAGGAAAAACAAGAAAGACAGGCCAAAAGAGGCAGCUGCGCGCAGCUCGCAAGAUGGAGCAAGCCAGCAGUUAGAUAAGGUGCGUCCUCAGCAUACAGAGUCCAACAGUGAUACCUUCACAGCUGCAUCAAGUAUGGUGACAACCAUGUUCAAUAGCUUUGGGGCAAGUGUAAGCUUUACAGUGAAUGUCAAGCAAGAUGCAGAGAGAGAAUCUGGUACCAAGAGCCAUGCCACAGAAGAGUCUGCAGCAAGCACAGCCGAGCCACCAAAAACAUGCUUAGCUGUGCCAAUGUCACAACCUCCUUCUGCUGGCAGAGAUCGUUUUGCAAGACGGAGAAACAGACUUGAUCCUCCAUUGUCCGCCUGUUCCAACGAUAGACAGUCGUCACUUGCAUCCGCUUCUCAAGGAACCGAGUCGCAGCUUUCCGUGCUCAGUGAUACAAGCUCUCGCGGGCGCCAGCGGGAAAGGCGAAAACAACAUGUGUCUGAGGAAGGUGCUUUGACUUCCAGAUCAACUCUUUUCGACGUGGCAGCUUCAAGUCUGGCGGAAUUUCAACGAUUGUUCCAGAGUGACGAAGGUGAGACUUACUGCAUUUGGGGUCCUGACGAUACUCCGGAGCAGUACCAAGAGCGUUUGAAAGCGUUGGACGCCAGCCAAGAACCAGCAUCCCAAACUUCUGGAACAAUGCUUCAUCAUCGUUUGAUGAGGCGGAGGAAGAAGAAACAGGAAGCCUUGGAGAGAAAGAACCAGGAGACAGCCGAUGCGACUGGAGAUCCCUUCUUGCUAACGUGAGACUCCCGGUGAGUCGUUCAAUGUCGCUCAAGCUUGUCUGAGUAGGUAGUCACCUGAUCAAUGCAAAACUUGAAUUAAG